AUGCCUCCUCGGCCGCGCAAAGGUCACCGCAAGUCUAGGCUGGGCUGCACAAACUGCAAGCGGCGGAAGGUCAAGUGCGAUGAAGCAAGACCUGAGUGUGGGAAUUGUGUCAAGCAUCGCAUAAGAUGCGACUACCUGGACUCGACGCCCACGACGACUCCACAGUCGCCCGCCGUCGAUGUCCAAGCAUGCAGCUCAACAUCACCCCAAGACGCCAGCAUGCUUGGCAGCGACAUCCCGCCCAUUGACCCGCGCUUCAUGGGCAGUCCAACCCCAUUGCAGCAGCAAGAGCAGGACCCAAGCCUCCCACUUAAUGUCAUCGACCUGGAGUUGAUGUACAACUUCAUCACGUCGACGGCGCACACCAUGUCGUCCAUCCCUGAGAUUCGCAACCUCUGGCGGCUCGAGGUGCCCCGCAUCGCCUUCCGGCACGACUUCGUGCUGCGGGCGCUGCUGGCCGUGUCGGCGCUGCACAUGGCGCAAUUCAAGCAGGAACCCGAAGCGCGUGACUUCUAUGUCGAGCGGGCGCUGGCGCAGCACCGGCUCAGCCUGCGCGAGCCUAUGGAGAUGCUGCACAACCUUACCCCGGAGAACGGGGCGGCCGUAUUCGUGUUCGCGGCGCUGACCGCCGUAUUCUCGCUCGCAACACCGCGCCAGCCCGACGACUUCCUCGUCGUCGGCGAUAGCGGCAACAUUACAAACUGGCUGUUCCUGCUGCGCGGCAUCAGCUCGGUCGCCGACUUGUCGCACGACUGGAUCCUGUCGGACAACAUCGCCGGCAUGCUGCACCGCGUCCACGUGCCCGGCCUGGACCACGAGAUGGCCGAGGAGGAGGGCCCGCCCGCCGAGGACGAGGAGCAGGAGCAGCUCAAGACGCUGCGCCGCUUCCUGCAGCGCGACGUGACCGACCCGGAAGAGUUGCGCGUCUACCUCGAGGCUGCCGACAAGCUGUCACGCGCCUUCGCGUACUUCUCGCGCAACAACAAUCGCUCCGCCGAUAACGAGGUCCGCGCCAUCUUCAUUUGGAUCUACAGGAUCUCGGAUGAGUACCUCGCGCUGUUGACGCAGUUCCGACCCCAGGCCAUGCUCAUCUUUGGCUACUACAGCGCGCUAUUGCACCGCUUGGACUCGCUGUGGUGGGUCAAGGGCUGGGGGACGCACCUCAUCUCGCUCAUUUACGGACAGCUGGAUCCGUACUACCGUGCCGUGCUUAGAUGGCCUAUUGAGGAGAUAGGCUGGGUGCCGUUAUAA